AAGAGUAUAAACACUUGCAGGACUUUACUCACAGGCUUUAAAACGGCAGACACACUGCUGUCUCCAAACUGCCUGGGGAGGGAUGUGCUGAAGUGUCAGAAUGAAAACCCAGCUUCUCUUCAUCUCCUUCCUCUGUCUUCUUUCCAAGGUUUACACUCAGCGUUGCCAAACUCCAUGCUAUUGUCCUUGGCUUCCUCCCCGUUGCCCUCCUGGCUCACCUAUGGUCCUUGAUGGAUGUGGCUGCUGCAACAUAUGUGCCCGCAGGCUGGGAGAGCCUUGCAAUUCCCUUCACGUGUGUGAUAAGAGCCAGGGUCUAAUCUGUGACUACAGCGCAGCUCCAAUGGGGAGAGGAGGAAUCUGCAACUAUGAAGAAGGAGAUGAUGACAACUGUGAAGUGAAUGGGAAGAUUUAUCGAGAUGGAGAAGUGUUCCAGCCAAACUGUAAGGUCCAGUGCCGCUGCUCAGGAGGAGGUUUCACGUGUGUCCCCCUCUGCAGUGAGGACGUUCGCCUCCCUACUCCAGACUGCCCUCAUCCAAGACGUGUGGAGAUUCCAGGAAAGUGUUGCCCAGAAUGGAUUUGUGAAAGACAAGAGAGACAACUCUUGCAAGAUGCCGUGGCAGCACAAAGACUGCCUGGGACAGCAUCCAUGGCUUUCCCUGCUGCAUGUGAAGAAUGGAGCACUGAGUGGUCUGCUUGUUCUGCCAGCUGCGGUGUAGGAAUGUCUGUGCGGGUCUCUAACCAGAAUCCAUACUGUAGGCUUGAAACUCAGAGGCGCUUUUGUAUCUCGGGACCCUGCCAAGAUCUCAUGGGAAUACACAACAUGAGAGGAAGAAGAAACCGCUUAUAAAGUGUUCCAGUCCAUUCAGAAGCUGACAUACUGGCCCUAUCUUGGCAGCCAGGUCACAACAGACAAGAAGAGACUCAUCCCAGAAUGGAGAAAAGAAAAUGUCUGGCUUCCUAUAAGGAGGAAUCAGAAAAAAGGGUGACCCCCUUGUCACAGCUGAUGCCUGUUUUGCUUCUUAAUCCCACUGCAAUUAAUCUAGACAAAUGUUGUAUAGUUCAGUGAGAGAAGCCAGUCCGUAUGUUUUAAUACUUAGCAAAUACUGAAGUGCUUAUUGCCAGCUUGUGGCUACAAUUGUAAGUCCAUCACUGGGGGAAUGAUGCUUUGCAGCUGAGCUACAGUAACUCAAAGAACUAUGUUUUGUCAUUCUCCACACACUGUUUCUUUGCUAAAGGAUGGUACUGGGGACCUGGCAGGUGAUGCAGCCCCAUUGAUCAAAGUAGACUGUCAUCCUUAGAAUAAAUACAUAAUUGCAGUUGCCAAUGGCCUGAGAAUGGCUUGAUGAAUGCCACUUCAAGGGGUUCACACACACACAAAAAAAUCUAAUAUCCAGAGACAAGCCUUGGUGGUGACAUGCAAAAGAACAGACAUUAUGUUGCUGUGGUCCUUGAAGUCAUUUCUGAUAUAAAGCAAUCCUAGAUGAACCUUUACUUGCAAAAAAUGUUCAGAGAGGGUUUGUCUUUGCCUUUCACUGACCUUGAGAGAGUGUAACUUGCCCAAAAUCAUCCAUUGGAUUUUCAUGCCCAAGCAAAGAUUCAAAGCCCGAUCUCCAGAGUCUAGUCCAAUGCUCAACUGUAUGAAAAUCUAAGGAAUUAAAGUCUCCUUAUAAUAAAAUUGUCCAUGAAGCAAAUGUCACCUGACAAAGUGGAGUUUUAAUUGUUUACUAGUCUGUAGUAAAGUUCAGUUUAUUCUUUGAGCCUCAUCUCUCAGAAUUUUAGAUGGUUGUAAAUUCUGUUUUCUGUUUGUUGGUUGUUAUGUACCUUUAAGUUGUUUUCUACUUAUGGUGACCCUAAGGUGCUCCUACUACAGUAUUUCCAGGAGCUGAGAAUGUAUGACUUGUCAAAAGUGGGUCUCCAUUGUUGAGUGGGGAACAGAACCCUGGACUCCAGGGAUGCUGGCUCUCUGUUUGGGUGAUGAAAAAUAAAUAAAUGAUACACAGCUGAAAAGUCAAA